AAAUGGGCCACCCUGUAUAGUCAUACACGCUACAUAGUGCAUUCGCGGGGCAUUCUCGUAUCGUUGCAUAUCCCUAUGUAGUCGUCUCGGAUCUUGCCGGAAGAGGCUCGAGAAAAAUGCUGUUGCUGCACCCGCGCGCUGACAGGCGAGACGUCGUCGCCCGAAGCACUCGCGGAAAACGCGAUUUUCCAAACUCUAGGUAGAUUCGACAGCGCGAGACUCCCCGUCGCCGUAUACUGGUGCAUCCACCGUGCCCGUGAAACUUUCCGGAUUGAACGAGUCGGUCGAAGAGAACAACGUAAAAGCAAGCGCUUACACCGUCACUCGUUUGUUGUUGCUGUCGCGGUUUAACUACAUGCAAUGCAGAUUAAAAAUCGAAAUUUGACUUCAAAACAUAAUUGAAAGGAAAAUUUGCGGAUCAUGGACUUAUAAAUCUUUUUCACAGCGUCUUCAAGUUCAGCUUAGAGAGCGAACGUUACAAAUGAACGGCAAUCGAUUUAUUUCAUCCGAUCUUGGCACUGUGGAAAAUUUCUUGGCAAGUUCGAAGCUGAUUUUUCUUCAGUGAAAAUUGUCGUUGCGCUACGUAUCAAAAGUUACGCGAAUGUCGUUAAUUGUCACGUGCUGGCGAUAUCGAUCGACCCGGGGCGCCAUGAGAGGACCAUGGAAUUUACCUAUUAUUUUUAUUCACCCGCGUAUCUCCUCCGUUGCGUAUCUCGCGAAUAUAAAAACAAAAUGCACGCGCGGUAACUAUUUAAUAAAAACAAGACAUUAUACCGCACCGAAAAUAAAAUAUGGAAAUGGAAGCAGUUUUCGUAAUUUUAUAUACGGAACGUACGAUAUUAAAAAUUGCGUACUCUCGAAUCGAUGCGACCUAUCUCGCGUGUCCCUUGUGCAUCGUAAAGCAAGAGCGAAACUUAGACAUUCACGGAUAUAUAAUGCAUCGAUCUUCGAGAUAAAAGAGCAGCGCGAAAAAUUCUCGGAGAUAUACGAUACUUUCGCUUUAACGAGAUAUAUGAGCUGUUAUUUUUUUAAAAACGCAAAUAAACGCAACGCGAGCGAAAUUUGCAAAAAAAAACAACGCUCCCGCGUGAGAUAUGAUUACAAAUUGACGCGAUAUAUUUGCAGUAACGAGAGUUGCAGAGUGUUAACUUAUCCCAUUUUUAGAAGCGCGAAAAGCGCAAGAAGUUUAAUAUGCAUAAAUGUGUACUUCCGAAAAGCAAUUGUUUUACGCCACGAAAAAUUAUGUCAGGAAGAAAAGUUAUGUCGGAAAGAACGCUCUCUCCCUCUCUGUUCUCAUUCUAAUCGUUGAAAAUAUUGCCGGCGAUUUCCUGAUCUGAUACGGUACAAUGGUGGAAAUUAUGAAAAAUUGAACGGCGCAUUAUGUCAGCACUUUUUAACGCGGAUAUCUCUUUCUGCUCGGUCAUUGUGUGUAGUGACGAGUGCUUACAAUGGCUCGCGUGUGUUGAUUAUGUAUUUAAAAUGUAUAGAGAACAGACCACACGAUGCGUUAUCGUCGUCUUGCAUCGUGCCUCGCCGUGUUCGAGUCCUAAUUGUUCAUUGCCACCGAUAACGCACUCUCCACGCCUCGCAUGGCCCUUAUGAAUAUUUUAAGCCGCUAUUACGCGUCGUAGAAAUAUUAUCGUUAAACCAAUGGUAAUUCGCGCAUUUUCCUGUUAAUUCUGUAUCGCUCUUUACCUCGCACGUACGCGAUAAAGCGAAAAGUUACGACACUACCGCGCAAUGAGACAUUAAAACGAGAGUUAAUAAAACUCAUAAGAUAGAGAGAGGAAGAUGGCAAGAGUGAGAAAAAUUUACAUUAAUUAUUUUCAAUAAUGAUAUGUAGUUGAAUAGUUGAAAAAUCUUUCUCGCAACUCAGCCGAGCGACAAAAUAAAUAAUUGCUUCACGUGCUGCAUGGCUGUUCUUCGUUAGGCACAAUUUUUCAUGCACUAACAAUACGCUUGAUGCGAUCGCGAUAACGAUACUGUGCCGGCCUUACUUCCUGAUCAGUUUACGAGUAAUUGUAGAUGAGAUCUGAUCAUAUAUUCCGAUCGUACGCGAUAUCGGUCGUGAUGGAGUAUUUCCCAUCUUCGAGCCUUACUUCUCUCUGUCACGCCUCUUCCUAUCUUUCUAAACCGAAUUGAAUUCUCAAUGACGCAGCUCUUUUGAGAAUUAACUCAAAAAAUCGCAGAGCCAUAAGGUGUAGAGUUAAAUUGCUCACCGAGAUCAGUUGUCACCGAUCGAUUAGGGGCUAAAUUGAAUUUUUUAAUCGGACCAACAAGAUUCCGAUCAUUCUAGCGACGUCGCUGUCCUUCUCCUCACUUCUUUCUCCACGAGCCACGAUCACAAUGCGAGCAUCGAAAACCGCUAACAUGGCACGUGGAAGCCAGUCGGGCUUCGGUUAACGGAUUCCGAAAUCGGCAGCUGGCGAAAAUUCGACCUGCGAAAUUAACGACCGCGCCGGGUCUCAUACCGUUAAUUAGGCUCCGUUUUAACCCUCGGUCAUAAUAUCCAAGCGGAAUCUCUUGGAUUCUCCACUGCGCGCGCGCACAUGUUUCGUUCGUUUGCUGCUCGCAAAGGAAACAACGCGUCGGUCCGCGCGUCCGUAGUAUUUGUCUUCCGGGGAAAAAAUAUUCAGAGCACCGCGAAUUUCGUGUUGAAUCAACCCUCUCGCUUGUUCUGUUUCAACGCAUCGUCGUCGCGCUGUAUCCGCGUUGUUACGCGCGGCUAUUCGCCAUUCGUUAUUCAUGCAUGGCGCUGCUUUCCUGGCCCUCCGAUUAUGGCUCUAAUUAUAACCGUCACCUCGACGAAACACCAGAAGGGUCGAAAACGAACGAUCGACCGACCGCCACCCCUAUAUUCUAUCUCUACAUUUCUAGCUCCGAAUAUUCGUCAACGUUUACUUUGCGAAUGGGUAGGGCGGUUCCUUUUGGGUGGAGAAGGUCACAAGGGAGGUUUGAAAUAUACCGGGCCGGUAGUGACGUCGACGAAGAUAAUCACACGCCUCGCAACGGCCAGUUCAUCAUCGUGGUAUCGCGUUUUAAGGGAGUUGAUGCAUCGUGGAACCCUCCGGACAAACCCUGAACCGGACGGCAAGCGGAUUGUACAAGUCAGGAGUACGAAAAGAAAGAAAAAAAGUUAAAGAAGAAGAAAGAGAGAGAAAAAAAGAAAAUAAUAUUGUCUUUUUCGAUUGUCGAAUCCAACAAUCGAGCAGGGCAUGUUAAAUGUUUUAUUAGUUUGUCUAAAAUGUUAUUGUAACAGUAUAUUAAAUAUAAAAAUAUUUUGAAUGGCAUAUUUUUGCACAUUACCGCGUCUUUGUUACAGGUACCUUGCAAAUUACCGAAUCGGACGUGGGCGAUCAAGGGAAGUAUGAAUGCGUGGCUAACAAUUCUGUAGGCACGGAAUACUCCAAGUCGACCUCAUUAUACGUGAAAGUACGUCGCGUGGCACCGACUUUCUCAAUUCCUCCACCAUCAGUGAGCGAGGUGAUGUUAGGCGCAUCGCUGAAUCUCACCUGCGUUGCGGUGGGUGCACCGAUGCCCUUCGUCAAAUGGAAAAAGGAUCCAGCAAUCGAUCUGACACCGGACGACAACUUGCCGGUCGGCAAAAACGUCCUAGUGUUGACCGACAUCCAGGAGUCUGCCAAUUAUACGUGCACGGCCGCUAGCGAUCUCGGCGUAAUCGAGACGACCACGAUGGUGAAAGUCCAAUCCCUUCCCGGCCCGCCGGAGAACGUUCAAGUGUCGGACAUCACUGCGACGUCGGUGAAGCUGAGCUGGUCCUACAAAGGACCGGAUGAGCUGCAGUACUACGUAAUUCAACAUAAACCGAAGCACGUGAACCAGGCAUUUGCCGAGAUAUCCGGUAUCACGACGAUGUACUACCAUGUUAGGAGUCUCAGCCCGUAUACGGAGUACGAGCUCUACGUGAUAGCCGUGAACAGCAUCGGGCGUGGUCCCCCGAGUGCCCCGGUGAUAGUCACCACCGGUGAAACAACGGAAUCGACGAAUGGAGGUGCCAAACCCGGUACAGCACCACGGAAGGUUCAGGUACGGCCGUUAAGCUCCAGCACGAUGGUCAUACAGUGGGACGAGCCGGAAACUCCGAACGGUCAAGUGACAGGAUACAAAGUGUAUUACACGACGGACCCGAAUCAACCUAUGGCAUCGUGGCAGUACCAGAUGGUGGACAACAGCCAGCUGACGACCAUCUCGGAGCUAACGCCGCACACAAUUUACACCAUAAGAGUCCAGGCACUCACGAGUGUCGGUCCUGGACCUCUUAGUUUGCCGGUGCAAAUCAAAACGCAACAAGGGGUACCAAGUCAACCGGAAAUGUUAACGGCGGUCGACAUCGGGGAGACCAAAAUAACGCUCCAAUGGAGCAAGCCCGCUCAUAGCGCUGAGAAUAUUCUCAGCUAUGAGCUAUACUGGAAUGAUACUUACGCAAAGGAGAAGCAUCAUCGCAGGAUACCGGUUACGGAGAACUACACCCUGACCGGCUUGUAUCCCAACACCCUGUACUACGUAUGGCUGGCCGCGAGGAGUCAGAGGGGAGAGGGUGCCACUACGAUACCAUCUCCGAUUCGCACCAAACAGUACGUCCCCGGGGCUCCGCCUCGCAAUGUAACCGGCAAAGCGAUCAGCCCGACCUCCAUAUUGGUAACGUGGGAACCGCCGACUGCUGAAAGCUCCAAUGGGAGGAUCGCCUACUACAGGCUGCAAGUCGUCGAGAGCGGUCGCUCCGACUCCGAGGCGAAGAUUAUCAAACUGAAUGACACGCGUUUCGUGUUGGACGAGCUCAAAAAGUGGACCGAGUAUCGGAUCUGGGUAUUGGCCGGGACCAGAGUAGGUGACGGACCUCCGAGUUAUCCUAUCUUGGUCAGAACUCACGAGGACGUGCCGGGGGAUCCUCAGGACGUCAUAGUCAACGCGAUCAACUCCACGGCGAUACACGUCAAGUGGAAGCCACCGAAAGCGAAAGAUCAGAAUGGCGUUAUACGAGGAUAUCACAUACACGUGCAGGAAGUGAGGGAGGAGGGGAAAGAUCUGCUAAACGAACCGAUUCGUCGAGACGUGCACGAGGACGGCGUGCUGGAGGUGAACAUCACCGGAUUGCAACCGGAUACCAAGUACUCGGUGCAAGUGGCGGCGUUGACCAGAAAAGGAGACGGCGACCGUUCGCCACCGGUUCACAUUACAACGCCGGGCGGUGUGCCGAAUCGGCCGCAAGUCAACGUGAAACUUCUGACCAGAGCUCCCGACGUCCUCGAACUCGAAUGGGUCCGACCUAGUCAGACGUACGGCAAUCUACUUGGAUACCGUAUUCGGUACGGUAUAAAGAAUCAAACGCUCAAAGAGGAAUUUAUCGAGGACACGCGUCAAACUACGUACAAAAUUACGGAUCUCGAGGAGCGAGGUGUUGAUUACGAGUUCAGAGUAGCUGGCAAGAACAAUGUCGGUUUUGGCCAAGAAACUGUACGAUACUGGUUCAGUCCAGAAGGCGAGCCGACAGGGCCACCGACGAACCUGUCCUACUUCUUCCAAACUCCCGACACCGUGUGCGUAACCUGGGAUAUGCCGCUUCGACAGCACAGAAAUGGACAAAUAAUUGGCUACGAUGUGCAGUUUAACAAGAAGAACGAUCACUCGACCACCAUAGACAGGAACACGACCAAGACGAGAGCGGUAUUCACCAAUUUAGAAGAGAACACGGAGUACGUCUUUCACGUGCGUGCACAUACGUCGAAAGGCAGUGGUCCCUACUCUGAGAAAAUUACGAUAAUGACGGAGAAGGACAUCGGUCGUGCCCCGAUGUCCGUGAAAGCCGUGGCCACGUCAGACUCCAGCGUGGAGGUGUGGUGGGAACCCGUGCCUAACAGAGGAAAGAUCGUCGGUUAUCAGAUUUUCUACACGACGACCGCCGUGGAAGAUCUGGACGAAUGGAGGCAGAAGAGCGUCGGCCUGACGGAAUCGGCAGACUUGAUUAAUCUAGAGAAGUUCACUCAAUACGCCAUAACGGUAGCGGCGCGCUACAAGACUGGCCUGGGGAGACUCAGCGAGAAAGUUACGGUGAAGGUAAAGCCGGAGGAUGUGCCAUUAAAUCUUCGAGCGCCAGACUCGUCAACGCACUCAAUGGGCCUCUCCUGGACCCCGCCAAUAAGACUGACCCCAAUGAAGUACAAAGUCUCGUUCGACGCUGUCAAGGAAUUCGUGGACUCCCAGGGUAUAACGCAAAUGCAGAUCGUGCCGCGACGGCAGAUCCUGCUGGACCCGCAAGUGACGAGCACGACAAUAAACGAGCUGCAACCGUUUACGACUUAUAAUGUCAACGUGAGCGCUGUGCCGCGGGACGGUCAGUACAAACCGCCGGCGAAGAUCACGGUCACCACGCAGAUGGCCGCGCCCAAGCCAAUGGUAAAACCAGACUUCUACGGCGUAGUUAACGGCGAGGAAAUCCAAGUCAUUCUGCCGCAAGCAUCCGAGGAAUACGGACCGAUCUCGCAUUAUUACUUGAUCGUUGUGCCUGAAGAUAAAAGCACGGCCGACAGACAGCCUGAUGAAUUGACUGAAGAUAUGAUCACUGGAAAAGGAGUUAAGCAAGAGAGAGACAAUGCUCCCUACAUCGCAGCUAAGUUUCCACACAGGGACAUCCCGUACACGUUCCACUUGGGCAGCGGAGACAUUUACGAGGGAUACGAAAAUCGGAAGCUCGCGAAAAAUAAACGCUACAGAAUAUUUGUACGAGCGGUAGUUGAUACUCCACGCAAGCAUUUGUACACGUCAUCACCAUUUUCCGAAUACUUGUCCCUGGACAUGCGGGAGGUACCUCCCGGCGAGCCACCACGUCGACCAAAUCCCAACACGCCGCCGGAUGGAAAUCCGGAAGUUUCCGUGAAAACCAACGGUCAAGAACCAGGCAUGGUAUGGGUGGUUGGUCCCAUAAUAGCGGCAAUGAUGGUCAGCGUUUUCCUUGUACUUUUAUUCGUCAUUAAAAAACGAAGACAACCGUGUAAAGCACCAGAUCAAGCGGCUGUUACGCGACCGCUUAUGGCGGCAGACAUAAGUUCCAACCACGCACCAUCGGACCCAGUGGAAAUGCGACGGCUAAACUUCCAAACUCCCGGCAUGAUCUCUCAUCCGCCGAUUCCUAUCAGCGAACUGGGCAAUCACAUCGAGCGCCUAAAAGCGAACGACAAUCUCAAGUUCAGUCAGGAGUACGAGUCAAUAGAGCCCGGACAACAAUUCACGUGGGACCACUCGAAUAUGGAGGUCAACGCGUCGAAGAAUCGUUACGCCAACGUGAUCGCGUAUGACCACUCGCGAGUCAUUCUCCAGACCGUCGACGGAAUGCCAGGCUCGGAUUACAUCAAUGCCAAUUACUGCGACGGUUAUAGGAAGCAGAAUGCAUACGUCGCCACACAGGGGCCUUUGCAAGAGACGUUCGGGGAUUUCUGGCGUAUGUGCUGGGAACUACGAACCAGCACGAUCGUAAUGAUGACGAAAUUGGAGGAACGAACGAGAAUAAAGUGCGAUCAGUACUGGCCUACCAGGGGCUCCGAAACUUACGGACAGAUGACCGUGACCAUCAGCGAUGUUCAAGAGCUGGCGACCUAUUGCAUCCGCACGUUCUACGUUUGCCGAGCGGGUUAUUCGGAGCGACGAGAGAUCAAGCAGCUGCAAUUUACAGCCUGGCCCGAUCACGGUGUACCGGAACACCCCGCACCGUUCUUGCAGUUCUUGCGCAGAGUGCGGUCUCUCAAUGUACCUGACAGUGGACCGUUGGUCGUACACUGUAGCGCGGGUGUCGGAAGAACUGGUUGCUUCAUCGUGAUAGAUUCGAUGCUCGAAAGAAUCAAGCACGAGAAGAUGAUCGACAUUUACGGCCACGUCACUUGCCUGCGCGCGCAGAGAAACUACAUGGUCCAGACGGAGGAUCAGUACAUCUUCAUUCACGACGCCCUACUCGAAGCAGUUAUUUGCGGCAACACGGAAGUACCGGCGAGAAAUCUACAUUCCCACAUUGAGAAGCUCAUGCAGCCGGAAAUCGAUAACAUAACUGGAAUGGAACUGGAAUUCAAGAAGCUCUCCAAUAUCAAAGCCGACUCGACUAGAUUCAUAUCCGCGAAUCUACCCUGCAACAAGCACAAGAAUCGGCUGGUUCACAUUCUGCCUUACGAGUGUACCAGAGUGUGCCUGCAGCCGCAGCGUAACAUCGAGGGAUCCGAUUACAUAAACGCGAGCCUGAUAGAUGGAUACCGUUACCGAGGAGCUUACAUAGCGACGCAAGGUCCUCUAUGUGAUACGACGGACGAUUUCUGGCGCAUGUUAUGGGAACACAACUCCACGAUCGUCGUCAUGCUGACGAAAUUGAAGGAGAUGGGGAGAGAAAAGUGUCACCAGUACUGGCCAUCCGACCGAUCGAUCCGUUACCAAUGCUUCGUUGUCGACCCGAUUGCGGAGUACAACAUGCCGCAGUACAUUUUGCGGGAGUUCAAGGUGACGGACGCGCGGGAUGGCGCCAGUCGUACAGUCAGGCAGUUCCAGUUCAUAGACUGGCCGGAACAGGGUGUACCCAAGUCCGGCGACGGUUUCAUCGACUUCAUCGGCCAGGUGCACAAAACGAAGGAACAAUUCGGCCAAGAUGGACCGAUCACCGUGCACUGUAGCGCCGGUGUAGGAAGAACUGGUGUCUUCAUAGCACUUAGUAUCGUACUAGAGCGAAUGCAGUACGAGGGUGUGGUCGACAUAUUCCAGACCGUAAGAAUAUUGCGUACGCAACGUCCAGCCAUGGUUCAAACCGAGGAUCAAUAUCAGUUCUGUUAUCGAGCUAGUUUCGAGUAUUUAGGCUCUUUCGAUCAUUAUGCCAACUGACAAGCCGACUCUCGCGAGCAGAGAGAUCUGUCAAGGGACAAACGUGAUCGACAGAGAGGCGAGAGAGAUGUCGAGAGGGCAAAAGUACGACGUGUCUAGUACAAUGAAUGAAGUCAUGCGACAUACUCGUACCUUCCAUGGACAAAUACAGUAGCAAUGCGAUUACUAGUGUCGUCGGCGGUUUACGUAGAGAUGAAAUGUUUAGUCAAUGGUGUUGCAGUAAGUGCGAAUGCGCCGGAAAUUUUCACUCUUGACGGCACAGCGAAUGCCCGAGUCGUGCUGAGAAAACAUUCGGCUUAGGCUAAUCUCUUUUUAGAAAUUAGAUUCGAAAGUUCCCUCGCGAUAACGCGAGUCAAAACUGCCGCUUAGAGAUACGUGCGAUACACGGUGGUUGUACGGUUCAUCAUGUCGUACGUAAGUAUUUCUUUUCUUUACAUUGGGGCUUUGCGUCAAAACGGAGCAAAGCGGACCCCUUUCACUUCGAGAUUUUCUCUCAUGUCAAGGAAUCAAUUAAGUACGACGAGGUAGAAAUAAAAAAUUACAACAGCUGACAACACCUUCAGGAUUCACGUCUGCGAAUUAGUGAAUUGGAACAUAUCCCAUUGUCGAAUCAUUCAUGCAAAAAGCAUUGUUUAAGGUCUAGAUAAUCUAAUUUUAAGAUAGACUGAAAAUAUUACGACCAUAUCUCCUCUCCCACUCGAAACAGUGCAUUACGUGUUUUUUCGUGCAUGAUACCUCUCACAAACUGAGACAGUGAAGGUCAAACCUUACCUGUUUAUUGAAGAUAAGAGUGCUUCCUUCAGUAGCGAUUGCAUAGAGGAACGAAAGGGUACUGAUAUCGAUGUCCAUGCCUGUGAGAGAAACAGCAGUAUCAGUAUACACGAUUGACUGCCUGUGUAUGAGACGUACAUCGUGAAAGCAAAAUUUACAAUUUAACAUGUGUGAUACGUUCCGCAAGUACUUAUUGAAAUUGCAAGAGAAACGAAUCGAAAAAAUCGAUUAAGCGACGUUCUUUAGGUGUGUAAAAGAAAGAGAGAGAGAGAGAGAGAGAGAGAUGAAAAUUUCCGCUCACACAAGAAACAAGAAAAUUGCCAUACUGCCAAAUUGACAAUUAUUAAUGCUGUACUCAUUAUGAACGGUAGGGAUCUUCUCAUUACCUAUUAUAAUGUUAGAUAGAUCAUAAGAAAUUGAUUAAGAUUAGAUUAAGCGACGCCAUUAGGGAAAUGAAGAUGAAAAUGAGCCGAAUGAAAGAAGGAUGAAAGGAAACGGUGCCUAUAUUCAAUGAAAGGUGCGCAAGUGAAUUUGUGCACUUUUCUAUGAAAGAAGAAAACUAAUUUAAAUAGAAGCACUGUAUGUUGAAUUCGUGUACUGUUCUUCCGAGCCCUCGAUGCCCAUGUGUACAAAGUUUCAAUGUAGCUUCUCUGUCCCGAAUACUUUUAAUUGCCGUUAUAGUGAAAGAGUAUACCAUGCAUUCAAUUCUUUACAUCAUUUACAUUCCUUAACGUAUACUUGGUCGCACACAACUGUGCGGAUUUUAUGCCAAGAUCACGUUUAUGCACUGAACAUUUGCUAAAAAUGUUUCGGGUUAUAUCAUCGGCACUUGCAGCAUACGACUUUCUUUUUUCGAAUGGCAGAGUAAUGAUAAAAAUGCACUAUAAAUAAUAUCGUUAUACAAUAUUAUCUAUUAUGAUGAAAGUACUUAAUUUCUCGAUUCUAUAAAAUCUCUAGUGAUUCUAAAAUUUUAACGGCUACAUUAAUAAAUGUAAAAAACAAAUAUCUUUAUUUCCGCAAUUACUUGUGAUUUAAUAAAAGUAAAUAUAUUGUUUUGAUUUCAUAAAAUCUACAAUGAAUAUAUUUAACUUUAAAUGAAUAUAUUUAACUUUAAAUUUACAUUUAUCAAGGUAGAGUCAGUGAUUCUACGGAAUCAUCGAUGAUUUUAUCAGAAUGCUAAUUAGCCUCUUUCAUCAUAAUUUUAAAGAUAAUGUUUAUUUCUACUUCAGAUAGUUUCCAAAAAGUAGAGACUUGAUAUACAAUAAUUACCACAUUCAUACCUUUCAUACUUUUCUCACUUACACACUUACACAUUCAUAAUUUUAUAGCGAUAGCACCUUUGGACACGUAUUACAAUUUACUGUUCCAACUUUUGUAGUUUUACCAAGACAAUAACCGUUCUACAUUUUCUACAUUUCAAAAUCCGCACUGUUCGAUGUAGCGUAACAUCUUCUAGCUAACACGUUUUAGAAACUACCGAUUUAAAAUGAUAUAUACAUACUAUGUACAUACAGUACAUACAAAAUAGCAAACAUGACGUCAUCAAAUAAUAUUAGAAUAAUCCCUUAUCAACUUUCGUAAUAGAUUAUUCCUGGUUUUUGUCAUUUUCUUGACGGUUCCAUUACAUUUAUAAUAAAAGAUGUUUAGCAUGUUGGAACUAUAUAAAUAAUAUCAUAUUAUAAUAAUUCCAGUUCUGUGAUUUUGUACGAUUCUGUCUUCGAAUAUAAUCCUCUUUCUGUUAAUUAAAAAGUGGUUCGAGGGUCAGGAACUGUGACUAAAUGUACAUAAAUGCACCGUCUGUCAUUAGCAACAUUAUAUAUAAAUAUAUACAUAUAUAUAUAUAAAAUAAAUAAUAUAUAUACAUAGAUCUAUUAUAUAUAUAAAUAUAAAUAUCACACAAAUAAAAGAGAUGCGAGUGUGCAUAUAAAAACAUGGAGGACAUAUUUAAGGACAUAUGGAUACUUUUCAAAUGAUUGUGUUAAAGUUUUAAUCGAAGAAAACGCGUGUUGUACUCAUUGUUUUGUACGUACUCAUGAUAUUUACUCUCUCAACAUCUUUUAUUCACCAUUUUAUACAUUUUUUGAUAUUUUUUUAGUAAUGUAUUUUUAAUAUUUAUCGUAUCAUGUGAAUAAAUAUAUUGCGACAAAAUGUUUUUCAAGCAAACUAUUUUAUAGACUGAAUGCACGAUUUGGAAAAGGAAAUUGCUUGUUUUAUAAGAGCAAAAGUAUAUGUUUUUUUUCUGUUAAACUGAGGGCCAUUUCAUAUUGCAUUUAAUAUUCUACAUUUUUUUGUGUUUAAAAAAGUACUUAAUUUAUUUCCUAUUAAAAUGUACGUAUAAUUAUAUAAGUAAUUGCAUCAAAUUUUUCACUGCCCGUUAAACUGUUCAUAACUAUGGCAUUUUUCGCUAAUUUUAGUGUAAUAUGAUAAUAAUUAUACUAGUACUCGUAAUUAUAAUAAUGAUAAUACUAGUUGUAUAAAUAUGAUUCGACAAAUUUACAUCUUAAAUUUCACAGUUAAAUUUAACUAAUAUUUUGAAUUUGCAUUAAUAACAUAUUACACAUAAGUUAUCACCUUAAAUAUUUCUAUGUUGGCAGUAGAUCCCUUAUAUGUUAUGAGUAGUGAUAUUUGGCCUUCAGUAUAAUUAUUAGUAGUUAUUUACUUCAACGUGCAGCGUUUUACUUCGAAUUAAUGGGAAAAAAGUGUAUAUUUAUACAAUAUUUUUCAUAUAAUAAUUUUUUCUCUAACAUUGUUUUAUUUAUAGGUAUAUCAUUUUAGCAAAGUUUGUGUUUAAGAUGUAAUGUCUCUAUUUAAACCAGUUUUCAUCCAAAUUAAGUCAUUUAUAUCUCCGAAUAAUGGAAAAGAUUUUGCCAUAUCUUUUAUUUUUCUGAGAAUAUAUGCAUAAUUUCAAAGACUGCAAGUGGUACUUGAAAACUCAUCGAAACUGAUUCACAUUUUUCAAAAUAUUGCUAUAAAUAAGAUGUUAUACACGGUGUACGACUGGAUCACGUUUAUUAGCUCUCUCUUACAUUACAAUAUAUGACUGAAAAAGCGCUAAAUACGAAACUCAAAAACAAUAUGUUAAAAAUUUAGGAUAAGAAUGAAGGAUUUUAAUGAUUAUAUGUUGUACAUUGAGAAGCUUCACCUGUAAAUAAUAUUAUCUGAUUUUCAUCGAAAUAUUUUUAUCUCACAUUUUUCACAGAAUACAUUAUAUAAUUAUUCAUUCGUAUAGUUUGCAACAUAAAAUAAAAAAUUUAUCUUUAAUUAUUAAUUUUGGCGCAAUAGUUCUUGCUAUUAAAACUUUUUUUAAUAAAUCAGCUCUUAAACUUUAAAAGUCAGAACGCCCUGUAUACAGUACGGUUUUUAUUAUAACAUUCCUGAAAACAGAGAGAAAUUAAAGACUUUUGCUAAAAAUAACGUUCAAAUCAUGUUAUAGAUAUUCAUCUGUAAUAAAUCAUUAAACGUUCACUUCAUUAAAUAUUCUUCUGAUAGCAAUAUAAAGAAUUAAGUUUCUAAAUAGCACUAAACUUGGCAAAAUUUUCGUCAAAAGCUUAUCAAUUUUUAGACCUCAAUGUAAUUAUCAACAUAUCUAUGUCCUUUGCCAACUUUCUUAAUGGCUUCAUGUUUAAAGUUCCAGGCUAAAAUGCGUUAUGGGAAACGAAAUUAAAUUAUUGUAUAAAUAUACUACUAGUUAUAAGUUGGUAUCGUUAAUCUAUACUCACUAAAAUUUACCACUACAAGAAAGUCCACGAUAUUCGUACAUUUAUAUUAUAACAUAAUUGUAAUAUUACUAAGUUUUUUGUAUCAUUCCAAAAUUUUCGUGUAUGUUGUACUUUAGUAGCGUAACUCUUAUGUGUUAGUACAUAUAAUUUUUUAUGAUCUAAAAUGUAUAGCAAUAUGUGGUUUGUUGUAUUCUUCUUCUUAAAAUGUACACAACUCGCGUCUUCGGAGCAAUUUUGAUAAUAUAAUAAAAUACAAUCGGCUGCUUCAGCUCCGUGCAAUAUAGCGAGUUUGUUAUUGUGUAUAAGAUCGCCUCAAAUUCAUCUGUGGAUGAAUCAGUAAAGUGGCUGCGGUCUCGCGGAUCCGAAGAAGAAUAUGAAUUUAAAAGCAAAGAAUAAGUCAAAUACUAAAUAUCGUUGAAAGAAUGGGAAAUUAUUUUGUGAUACUUUCUUGCCAGAAAGAAUACAACAGGCUGAGGUAAACAUGAUAAAGGCAAUGUUACUAAUUAACAACUAUACAAAAUAAAUAUUGUGUAAUAGGAAGAGUCUGUUGACGAGGAAAAAAUACCGUGUACAUUAUGUAUUGCCUUGUGGCAUCAAUAAACUAGUACUAACGUA